AUGGCCAGAAGAUUUCUUAUGAUUUUCACUAUUAUAUUGUCCUGUCAACACCUCAGACUUGCAGAAGGUGUCUGUGACAGUGGAGAGUUUCAGUGCUCGAACGGGCCUUGCAUUUCACAAGACUGGAGAUGUGAUGGAACCAAUGACUGCACAGAUGAUUCAGAUGAAUUAAAUUGUCCUCCGCCUACAUGCACAGCAGGCCAGUUCCAGUGCAUUAGCAGCAAAGAAUGCAUCGAGAUCCAGUUUGUGUGUGACGGAGAAGCGGACUGCGCGGACAGUUCUGAUGAAGAAAGGACAUGCAACGGCCAGACAUGUGCCAGCAAUCAGUUCACCUGCUCUGAGGGUCAGUGCAUCCCGGGCAGCUACCGCUGUGACAGAGUCCAGGACUGUGUGGAUAGCUCUGAUGAGAGAAACUGCAACUACCCCUCCUGUCCCCAAGAAACUUGUGCCAAUGGAGCGUGUUUCAACCACUCUCAGCUCUGCAAUGGAAUCCUGAACUGCAGGGACGGUUCUGAUGAAUCCAACUGCACAAUCCGCCACUGCGAGAUGCACCAGUACGAGUGUAAGAAUGGGUUCUGUAUCCCAUUGUCCUUUGUGUGUGACCACUGGGAUGACUGUGGGGACAACAGUGAUGAGCAAGGAUGUCUGUACCAGAGCUGUGCUGGGAACCAGUUCACAUGCUCCAGUGGGCGAUGCAUUACUCAGACCUGGGUGUGUGAUGACUUCAACGACUGUGGAGAUUACAGCGAUGAAAGAGGAUGCGAUAGUGGAUCCCGUGACUGCUACCCUGGGGAAUGGCCCUGCCCUGAUUCCACAGCAUGUAUUCCUGUCAGUAAGUUGUGCGAUGGCCAUUCUGACUGCCCACUGGGAACAGACGAGUCCAACACAGCUGCCCAAUUAACAUGCGGUUUUGAGCAUUGUUCUAUUCUGAGCUGUGAGCAUCGCUGCCAUGCUUCUCCCCAGGGAGGAGCCUGCUAUUGUCCAGAUGGGUUCACACUAAGCAAUGACAGCCGCACCUGUGUUGAUUACAAUGACUGUAGCAUCUGGGGAGUCUGUGACCAGCUCUGUGAGGAUCGGAUAGGCACUCAUCACUGCAGCUGUGGAAAUGGCUAUUUCCUGGAACAAGGCAGGCACUGCAAAGCCAACAUCACUGUUGGUCUUCCAGAGUUUCUCUUUUCUAAUGGACGGGACAUCAUGGUCGGUGACAUCCACGGGAGAAAUGUGAGAGUGCUGGUAGAGUCUCCAAGCAAGGGCCAGGCUAUGGGGGUGGCUUACCAUUGGGUGGCACAGCGCAUCUUCUGGACUGACACAUCGCAGAGGAAGGUGUUCUCUGUCAAGUUUGAUGGUACAGAUGUGAAAGAGGUGUUGUCGGUGUCGGUUGACAGCCCUGAGAACAUUGCUGUUGACUGGAUUAAUUACAAGCUGUACGUUGUAGAAAGCACUGUGAAUAGGAUUGAUAUCUGUGAUCUGGAUGGAGGCAACAGACUAACUGUGAUAGCUGAGAACCUUAAGAACCCUCAUGGACUGGCCUUGGACCCUACUGUUGGGUACAUGUUCUUCAGUGAUAUUAGUAAUUUUAACAAUGAGCCCAAACUGGAACGAGCCUACAUGGAUGGCAGUAAUAGAAUAGAUCUGGUAAAGACUAAACUGGGAGCCCCUUCAGGAAUAUCUCUAGAUCUCAUCACCAAGAGAGUCUACUGGGUGGACAGUCACUUUGACUACAUUGAAACGGUCACCUAUGCUGGAUUAGACAGGAAAAUGGUUCUCAGUGGGGGGAAUGAUGUACCUCACCCUUUUGGCUUGGCAGUGUUUGAGAACAACAUCUACUUCACUGACUGGACAAAAAUGGGCAUCAUCCGAGCAAACCGUUUCAAUGGGAGUAAUCCCACUCUGCUAUACCGCUCCGCAGAACACCCAGGACAUAUAGUCAUUAAACAUGCAGUCCUGCAGCCACUGGUGAUGAAUCCUUGUGGGAGACACAAUGGGGGCUGCCAGCAGAUCUGCGUUCUGAGCCACAGUUCAGACAACGACGGGCUGGGCUAUCGCUGCAAGUGUAAGAUGGGAUAUGACCUCCAGACAGAUGGGAGGACCUGCUUCAAACUGGCCCAGUUUCUCCUGCUGGCCUCCGGGACAGCGGUACGAGGGAUCCCUCUCAACAUCUCCCUGCAGGAGGAUGUCAUUCUGCCGAUAAGCGCCACUCCUUCCUACUUCACUGGAUUGGACUAUGACGGAGCACUGGACACCAUCUACUUUAAUGACUUGUAUAAACCCCUGCUUUACAAAGCCAAGGUUGAUGGAACAGGGAUGGAGGUGGUGUCAGGUCACAGAGUUGACGGGAUCGAAGCCAUGACCUUUGAUUGGAUCUCCAAGAUCUUGUACUGGACAUCUAAGACUUACAGGGCCAUCACUGCUUUCAAAGUGACGGACAAGUCGAGACGGGACAUCAUUCAAAACCUCAACAACCCCAGAGGGAUAGUGGUGCACCCUGCAAUUGGUUACCUGUUUUGGACAGAUUGGUAUCGUCCUGCUGUGAUCAUGAGAUCCUGGUGUGAUGGAUCUCAUGCAAUUCCCAUUGUGAAUACCACCCUGGGCUGGCCAAAUGGACUAGCUGUGGACUAUAAGGUCUAUCCUCACAGGUUGUACUGGGUUGAUGUUCUCUUUGACACCAUUGAACACAGUAAUACUGAUGGCUUGGACAGAAAGAAAUUUUCAAAUAUCGGGCAGAUCACUCAUCCUUUUAGCCUGACAGUCCACACAGACCACCUUUAUGUAUCUGACUGGAGAACUGAGUCUGUGUACCGACUGAGGAAGAGGGAUGGCGGGGACAUUGCCCUCAUUCGCAGGGGGAUCAUGUAUAUCACGACAGUGAAGCUUUAUGAUCCUAGCCUUCAAAGCAGCAUUAUCAACCAGUGCAACGGUACCUUUACUCCCAAUGGGCAGUGCAGUCAUUUCUGUUUCCCCGUCCCCCUUGGUCGGGUGUGUGGCUGUCCCUAUGGCAUGAAACUCGGACAAAACCAGCGGGACUGCGUUCCUGAUGACUCCACCGAGCCUCCGGAACAGAGCUGUGGCUCAUUAGCAUUCUCCUGUGAUGAGGGCCGCUGUGUCCCAAACUGGUACAAGUGCGAUGGAAUCAAAGACUGCCUGGAUAACACUGAUGAGGCCAAUUGCACUUCUCAUGGAGAAACAUGUUCCCCAACAGCAUUCACAUGUGAGAACCGGCGAUGCCUCCCUCAAUACUGGCGCUGCGACGGAGAGGACGACUGUGGGGAUGGCAGCGAUGAAGCUAACUGCCCCACGAAGGGGCCCGCUAACUGUAGAGAUGGCUACUUCACCUGUGACAAUGGCUACUGCAUCCCAAACUACUGGCUGUGUGACACCAACAAUGACUGUGAGGACAGCUCAGACGAAAAAAACUGCAGUUCCUCCAGCACAUGCCGCCCUGACCAGUUCCUGUGCCCAGAUCACCGCUGCAUCUCCAAUGCCUAUGUCUGUGAUGGAGACCUGGACUGUGCGGAUGGCGUAGAUGAAAAGGACUGUGAGUUCAGCUGCACAGCAAACCAGUUUGCCUGUGCUAGUGGAGAUCAGUGUAUCACAAAUAAUUACAGGUGUGAUGGCGUCUUCGACUGCAGAGAUCAUUCCGAUGAAGUAGGAUGUCCCACUCGGCCACCUGGGAUGUGUCACGAUGAUGAGUUUCAAUGCCAGAGCGACGGAUUCUGUAUUCCUGAAAACUGGGAAUGCGAUAGGCACCCUGACUGCCAAGAUGGCUCUGACGAACACAACGGCUGCCCUCCAAGGACGUGUCGCCCCAACUAUUUCCAGUGUGACAAUGAGAACUGUGUUGCACAGAGCUGGGUGUGCGACGGGGAAGACGAUUGCCGCGAUAUGAGCGAUGAGAAGGAUUGCCCGCCACCUCCUUUUAGCUGCCCCGUGGGCCAGUGGCAAUGCCCCACUGAUGAUGUGUGCAUACCAGUCGACAAGUUGUGUGAUGGGCAAAGAGACUGUCCCAAUGGGGCUGACGAGUCUCCAACCUGCAAUGAGGAUGACUGCGCUGUUAGCAAUGGAGGCUGCACUGACGGCUGUAUCCAAGGUCCCUUCGGGGCUCAGUGCACCUGUCACCCUGGUUACCAGCUACUGAAUGACUCCAAGACCUGCGUGGACAUCGACGAGUGCCAGAUUCCAGGAACCUGCAGUCAGCACUGUUACAAUGAGCGAGGGUCCUUCCGCUGUUACUGCGAUGCUGGCUACACAUUAGAACCCAAUGGGAGAGUCUGCAAGGCCACAGAUCCCCGGGAGGCUCUGCUCCUUGUAGCCCAACGGAACCAAAUUAUUUCCGAUAACAUCAGCGCCAACCCCAAUGUCAUCGAGGCCAUUAUAAAUGAUGGGGUUAACAUUGCAGCUGUGGAUUUUGACACAGCAACUAACAGAAUCUACUGGGCCGACACAUCCCAGAAAAUGAUUUGGAGCGCUCUGAGGAAUGGCACUGAUAGGAAACUGAUCUUCUCCAGUGGAGUUACUCUGACAGAGAGCAUCGCCGUGGACUGGGUGGGCAGGAACCUCUAUUGGGUAGACUCUGUCCUGGAGACCAUUGAAGUGUCCACACUGGAUGGACGACACAGAACCGUUCUGCUCAGCGAGAACAUCACCAGCCCUCGCGGGCUUGUACUGGACCCACGCAAUCACACAAAUGUAAUGUUCUGGACCGACUGGGGUCAAAACCCACGAAUAGAGAGAGCCAGUAUGGAUGGUUCUGUGCGCAAGGUCAUUCUCACUUACAAGCUGUACUGGCCAAACGGACUGACCCUCGACUACCCCACUCAGCGGCUCUACUUUGCAGAUGCUUAUCUCGACUACAUUGAUUACUGUGAUUAUGAUGGCAACAACAGGAAGCAGGUCUUUGCAAGUGAUCUGACUUUGCAGCACCCCCACGCAAUCACCAUCUUUGAGGACUAUGUGUACUGGACAGAGAGGUACACCCAUCAAGUCAUCAGAGCGAACAAGUGGCAUGGGAAAAACCAGACUGCCAUGCUGCUCAAUGUCUAUUCACCACUGGGUAUUGUGAUGGAUCACCCAGUCAAGCAGCCUGCAGCAUGGAACCCCUGUUUAAAUACGCAGUGCAGCCAGCUGUGUCUCUUGUCAGCACUGAGGCCUCAAUACUUUUCCUGUGCUUGUCAGUCCGGGUGGCACCUCAACAGUGAUGGGAGGACCUGUGAGAAAGAUAAUACCCCAUUUCUAAUGGUGGUUCGAGAUAGUGUGAUAUUUGGAAUCCCACUGGAUCCCAGUAAUACCAAUGACAAUGCCAUGAUCCCAGUAUCAGGAAUCAAUCAUGGCUGGGACCUGGACUUUGAUGAUAAGGAGCAGUUUGUAUAUUGGGUGCAAAACCCUGGGGCGAUACACAGAGUGAGAACUGAUGGCACCAAUAGGACUGAGUUCGCCCCAUCUGCUGUGCUUGGGUCUCCUUCAGGCUUAGCUUUUGAUUGGAUAAGCAGGAACAUGUACUACACUAAUCCUACUGCACAGGCCAUAGAGGUUAUUCGAGUGGAUGGAGACCAGCAUUAUAGGAAGACUAUCAUCACCAACACAGGGAAAGGUGAAGGAGCUGGGCUGCCAGUGGGCAUUGCUCUGGACCCCGCUCAAGGGAAGCUGUUCUGGUCUGAUCAGGGGGCGGAGGGUACCGUCCCUGCUAAGGUGGCGAGCGCAGAUAUGGAUGGCAGCAAUCUGAGUAACCUUUUCACUACCAACCUGGCACACAUUGAUUUCAUCACUGCAGAUAUUUCUGAGAGGAAACUGUACUGGGCGGUCGCCAGCACUGGAUUGAUUGAGAGUGGGAGCAUGGAUGGGGGAGGCCGGGUGACGAUCGUGAGCAGCCUGUCUCACCCCUGGGGCGUGGCCGUCCACCAGAACUACCUGUACUACACUGAUAUGGACUUUGAGGUGGUGGAGAGAGUGGACAAGGCCAAUGGAGCCAACCUAGUGGUGAUGAGGAGCAACAUGCCAGGAGUCAAGGGUCUAAAAGUCCACUACAGAGACAACUCUGCUGGAACCAUCAAUGCUUGUAGUACCAACAAUGGUGGCUGCCCGCAUCUCUGCCUACCAAAGCCUAAUGGGCAGAAGGCAUGUGCCUGUACCACAGGGUUUGUGCCCUCUCACGAUGGUGCCAACUGCAUGGAGUACGAGUCCUUCACUGUUGUAUCUGACUACAGGUCCAUCCGAGGCUUCCACAUCAACAGCUCAGACCACUCAGAGGCUAUGGUGCCCAUUGCAGGACAGUCUCGUUAUGCCACUAAGAUUGACGUGGAUGUCCCCAAUGGAUUCAUCUACUGGGCGGACAAUCACCCUUAUAGCAGUUACUAUAGUGGCAUUCUCAGGGCAAAAACAGAUGGCUCUGGGUACUCACACCUUGUCACUUCCGGAGUGGGGGUGAAUGGGAUACAGGGCAUUGCAGUGGAUUGGGUAGCAGGAAACCUUUACUUCACCAACUCCUUCGAAACCCAGACCUAUAUCGAGGUCCUCCGGUUGAAUACAACCUAUCGACUGGUCCUAUUGAAGAGCAGUGUGGACCGGCCUCAAGAUAUCGCAGUUAGUCCUCGUCUCAGGUACCUCUUCUGGAUAGAUGGCGGCCAGAAUCCAAAGAUUGAGAGAGCUCUUCUGGAUGGCACAAACAGGACAAUCCUAAUCUCGGCCAGCAUUGUAACUCCGAGAGGACUGGUAGUGGACUACACCAACAACUUCCUUUACUGGACGGACGACUCCCUUGACAUGAUCUCCUGCAUGUAUUACGAUGGCACGCAGCGUCAAAUAGUCCGCUAUGGAAACCGCUACCCGACUCCUUAUGGUAUUUCCAUUUUCGGCAACUAUAUGAUAUGGGUGGACCGCAAUCUUAAGAAGGUCUUCCAGGCUAGCAAGCAACCUGGUAACGCAGAUGCAGCAGAAGUGAUCCGGGAUAAAUUGAAUGACCUCCAGGAUGUGGCGGUGUUUGACACCCACGUACAGCCCAUUUCUGCCAAUUUGGUCGGGUUUAAUCCUUGCCUGGAGGAUAACGGUCGCUGCCAGCAGUUCUGUUUUGCCAUCCCAGAGAAAGAGAAGCCAGAGUGCGGUUGUGCCCACGGCACCAUCCUGAGUAAUGGAGUCUCCUGUGGUGCUUCCUUGGAUGAGUUCCUGAUCUACACCACUGACUACUCUGUUAACAGCGCCAGACUUGAUCCUGAGGAUCACAGCCUGCCCUUCAACACUGCUAUGACGGGGUACAGCACCCGUGCGCUCGAUUUUGAUUUUGACGAUAAGCGGAUAUACUUCACGCAAAGCUCAAGCUACGGCAAUGGACAGAUCAGCUAUAUCAGCACCACCUCUUCUACCAGCCCUCCCGUCACUGUAGCUUCUGGCCUGGGUUUUCCUGAAGGAAUAGCAUAUGACUGGAUCCAUAAGCGUCUGUAUGUCAGUGAUUACUACAAUCAGAGUAUCCUUGCAAUGGGUCUGGAUGGACAGAACCGCACAUACAUUGCUCACGUGCCCCGACCUAGAGCCAUCAUAGUGGAUCCAUGCAGAGGUUACAUGUACUGGACUGACUGGAGUAGCCAUGCUAAGAUUGAAAGAGCCACGCUGGGAGGGAACUUCCGAGUGCCCAUCGUCAACAGUAGCCUGGUCUGGCCGAAUGGACUCACUCUGGAUUAUGAGGACAGACUGCUCUACUGGGCAGACGCCUACCUGAAAAAGAUCGAGCGCUCCUCUCUGACAGGAGAAAACAGACAGGUAAUUGUCGGCAUGGCUGUCUACCCUUUCGCCAUGACAGUGUACCAGCAGCACAUCUACUGGACAGACUGGGACACAAACAGCAUCUACAGGGCCAGCAAGGAUGACGGCUCGGGUUUGACUGUCAUGGUGAGGGACCUUGAGUACCGUCCCAAUGACAUCCAUGUGGCCACCCCCUCCAAACAGAAGAAGUGCAGCAGCCCCUGUGAACAGUUCAACGGGGGGUGUAGCCAUGUCUGUGUGCCAGGCCCGACUGGUCCUGAAUGCCAAUGCCCCUCUGAUGGCAGGUGGUAUCUGGCUAACAAUGGCAAGGACUGUAUAAAGGAUGAGGGCACCAGGUGUGGCCAGAGCCAGUUCACCUGCCUGAGCGGCCAGUGUAUCCCAGAGAGAUUGAAAUGCAAUGGGUAUAAAGAUUGCUCUGACAAUACCGACGAGCUGGAGAGAGUUUGUGCUUUUCAUACCUGCUCCCCGCUGGAUUUCACCUGCAACAAUGGUCGAUGUGUGCUCUUGUCAUACCGCUGUGACUACCUCAACGACUGUGGAGAUAACAGUGAUGAGGACGGCUGCGCCUUCCCCACCUGUAACCCCAGCACCGAGUUCACUUGCGACAAUGGCCGCUGCAUCUCCCAGAGCUUUGUGUGUAACGGAAUCAACAACUGCCGUGACAACGGGACAUCUGAUGAGCGUAACUGCCCGGACCGUACAUGCACUCCCGGGACCAUCAAAUGCGAUACGACUAACAUUUGCAUCCCAUCAAGCAACCUGUGUGAUGGCUACAACAACUGCGGGGACAACAGUGAUGAGAAUCCCAUUUUCUGUCAGACUCGGACAUGUGAAUCUGAUGAGCACAGAUGUGGCCAUGGCAACUGUAUUCCCUCAAUCUGGGUGUGUGAUGGAAUCCAGGACUGCCUUGAUGGUUCAGAUGAGCCAGCUUCUUGUGAUGACUCGGUCCGGACGUGUCAUGCAGACCAGUUCACCUGUGUUAAUGGGAACUGUAUCCCAGAUUCUUUGACUUGCGAUGGAAACAAUGACUGUGGAGAUAUGAGUGAUGAGAGCCCUGAGUUGCUGUGCGAUAAGAGAACUUGCAGUCCACAGCACUUCACCUGCCCCCCACCCUGGUACUCAGGCCCCAGGUGUAUCCCACAAUCCUGGGUGUGUGAUGGGGAUACCGACUGUGCCAACGCAGCUGAUGAGCUUCAGAACUGCCCAAACAGGACCUGCUACUUGAACGAGUUCCGAUGUACUAACGGGCUCUGCAUCUUAUUGGCCUUCAGAUGUGACAGGCAGAAUGACUGUGGGGAUGGUAGUGACGAGACUGGCUGUACCUACCCACCCUGCACAAGCAACCAGUUCACCUGCGGGAACGGGCAUUGCAUCCCAAGCUCAUAUGUGUGUGACGGGCAGAAUGACUGUCGGGAUAACUCAGAUGAGUUGGAGAGCCUCUGUAAGACGCCAGAGCCCACUUGUCCCCCAAACCACUUCCGGUGUACGUCAGGGCAGUGCAUAGACAUAAAUAAAGUCUGCAACAGAGAAAAUGAUUGCGCCGACGGAAGCGAUGAGAAAGGCUGUGGUAUUAACGAAUGUGCAAACACAGCCAUCAGUCAGUGUGCCCAAAACUGCACGGACACCCUCACCAGUUACUACUGCUCCUGCUGGCCAGGCUACCGCUUGAUGCCUGAUGGCAAAGCUUGCGAGGACGUCAAUGAAUGUGAAGAGACACCGCAGGUGUGUAGCCAGAUUUGCGAGAACGGGGUGGGCUCCUUCUUCUGCAAGUGUGCCAGUGGGUACAUCCGGGAGCCAGACGGGCGAACCUGCCGCCAAAACAGUGCCAUCCAGCCCUACCUGCUCUUCAGCAACCGUUACUACAUUCGCAACCUGACCACCGACGGGAGCUCCCUCUCCAUUGUCCUCCAGGGUCUUUCCAAUGUGGUGGCUCUGGAUUUCGACCACUAUGAGCAGAGACUUUACUGGAUCGAUGUAGGGGAAGACAAGAUCGAACGCAUGUUCUUUAAUGGCACUGGCAGAGAAACGAUCAUUGACAAUGAUGUGCCAAAUGGGGAAGGACUGGCCAUUGAUUGGGUGGGGAGGAAAAUAUAUUGGGUGGAUAGCUUGAAGGAUGCACUUCACGUGUCAGAACUGGACGGACGUUUCAGGAAGAAGCUCCUCAGUGGCUGUGUGGGACCCAAUCACACAUUCUGCUUUGAAAACCCACGGGCUAUAGCGGUCAACCCAAAGCUAGGGUGGCUGUAUUGGACAGAUUGGGCAGACAGCGCCUAUAUUGGCAGGGCUGGAAUGGAUGGUACCAAUAAAUCGGCCAUAAUCACUACCAAGCUGGAGUGGCCAAACGCCCUGACUAUAGAUUACACCUCCAACAAGAUCUUCUUUGCUGAUGCACAUCUCAACUACCUUGAGUAUGCUGACAUGGAUGGACAUAACCGCCACAUUGCCAUUACGGGCACUCUGUCCCAUCCCUUUGCACUCACCCUGUUUGAAGACACCGUGUACUGGACUGACUGGAAUACCAAGACCGUGGAGAAGGCUCACAAGUACACAGGAGCAGGGAGAGUGGUAAUGGUGAACAACACCCACAGCCCACAUGACAUCCAUGUCUACCAUCCAUACCGGCAGCCAAGAUCGGUGAACCCCUGUAAUAGUGACAGUGGACACUGCAGCCACCUGUGCCUGAUAGCUCCUGGGGGACAGCGGCACACCUGCGAGUGUCCUGACCACUUUCAUGGGGUCUUUGUGGGCUUCAAUGUGGUCUGUUUGGCUGAUUGUUCCAGCACCCAGUACCGCUGCGGUGACAACGAAAAAUGCAUUCCUAUCUGGUGGAAGUGUGAUGGACAGAACGACUGCAAGGAUGGCUCUGAUGAGACUGAUACCUGUCCAACUCGCAACUGUCCCCUAGGCCAGUUCCAGUGCUAUGAUGGAAACUGCGCCAGCCCCAACUUCCUGUGUGAUUCACGAAAUGACUGCCCAGAUGGCUCUGACGAAGACCCUGCACUUUGCAGUGAUCACCGCUGCGAGGAGAACCAGUUCCAAUGUGACAACAAGCACUGUAUCCCCCUGUCCUGGCAUUGUGACGGGCUGGUGGACUGCGCUGACAACAGUGAUGAGGACCCCGAGGAGUGCCACCGCAAGACCUGCCGGCCUGGGGAGUUCCAGUGCAAUAACGGUCGCUGCAUCUCGCCGGCUUAUGUUUGCGAUAUGGAGAAUGACUGUGGGGACAACUCGGACGAGCCUCACGAGGAGUGCACUGGUCCUAACCAUAGAUGUGAUGAACACACAGAGUUCUCUUGUAAGACAAACUACCGUUGUGUUCCUCAGUGGACAGUAUGUGAUGGGAAGAAUGACUGCCUGGACAACAGUGAUGAGGAGAACUGUGAGAGUGUGACGUGUGAUCCAGUUGGGGAUUUCCGCUGUAAGAACCAUCUCUGUAUCCCUCUGCGCUGGAAGUGUGAUGGGAAUGACGACUGCGGGGACGGGUCUGAUGAAAAAGGCUGUGCCCCACGGCCAUGCUCUGAGAGUGAGUUCAAGUGUGAUAACCAGAUGUGUAUCCAUGGAACCUGGGUGUGUAACCAAAAUAACGACUGCGGAGAUAAUUCAGAUGAGCGAGACUGCGAUCUGCUGACCUGCCACCCAGGCUUCUUCCAGUGUGACUCUGGUCACUGCAUCCCAGCCACUCUCAAGUGUGACGGACAGGCAGACUGUCGGGACUCCACAGACGAGAGCUCCUGCCCAACCCGCUAUCCAAAUGGGACCUGGUGCUCUUCCUCUGAGUUCGAGUGCAAUAAUCACGUGUGUAUUUAUCCAAACUGGGUAUGCGAUGGCUACGAUGACUGCGGGGAUGGAUCAGAUGAAGAGGUCAAAACAUGCUUGACCAUUCCGUGCGAGUUACCUGAAAGAUUCCGCUGUGACAAUAACUACUGUAUCUACUCCGGUCUGCUUUGCAAUAAGGUAGAUGACUGUGGAGACAACAGUGACGAAGCAGAAGAUCUGUGCCGGGAAUCCACCCCUGCACCCUGUACAAUCCAUGAGUUGAAAUGUGCCAACGGACACUGCGUGCCCCUGAUCAACGUGUGUGAUCAUUACGACCACUGUGGUGACAGAUCUGACGAGACGGGGUGUAACUUUGGCCAAGACAGGACCUGCGAAGAGAAUGUGUGUGAACAAAACUGCACCAAUCUGAAUGGUUCAGGCUUCAUUUGCUCGUGUAGACCCGGCUACACUGCAGACCAGCAGAACACAUACAGCUGCAAAGAUAUAAAUGAGUGUGAGAUACAUGGAACCUGUCCUCAGGACUGUAAGAAUCUCAAGGGCAGUUACCAGUGCCUCUGCGCAGAAGGGUACAGGAAGGUGGGAGAUAGCAACGAGUGCAAAGCUGACGGGGCCCCUCCUUUACUGCUUUUGCCAGAGAAUGUGAGGAUCAGGAGGUUUAAUCUGCAGACCAAUGAGUACCAGGAUUACAUUGAAGAGCAUGAGCACAUUGUAGCAUUGGACUAUGACUGGGACCACAAUAACACUGGAUACAGUAUGGUAUACUUCACUGUUGAGGGGAAAGAGUCAAAUUUCGGUUCUAUAAAAAGGACCUACUUGACCAUUGUGGAUGAUGUCAGUGACAACAAUGGAUUAUCAGUAGACCUGAAUCUCAACUACAUUAUGAAGCCAGGUGGCAUUGCUGUUGACUGGGUAGGAAGACACAUAUAUUGGACAGAUGCACGCGUCAAGAGGAUUGAGGUAGCAUUGCUGGAUGGGAGGUACAGGAAGAGGCUCAUUGCCACUGUAUUGGAUGAGCCAGCUGCCAUUGUUGUCAACCCAAAGCUUGGACUGAUGUACUGGACAGACUUGGGAAGCUAUCCUAAGAUUGAGAAUGCUUGGAUGGAUGGACAGCAGAGGAAGGUUCUGGUGGACACUUUUCUGGGAUGGCCAACAGGACUUUCCAUCGACUAUUCUAAUAAUGACCGUGUCUACUGGUCUGACUCUAAGGAAAACUUCAUAGAGUCAAUGCUUCCAAAUGGAGAGGACAGGCGCUUGGCUCUGUAUAGAGACCUUGGAAACCCAUUCAGUGUGAAUGUCUUUGAGAACCAUGUCUACUGGAGCACCAGAGAGAAGGGAGAGGUGUUCAGGCAGGACAAGUUUGGAGCAGGGAAGAAGGUGAAACUCCUCACAGCAGGCCCAUGGCUGACCCAAAUCAGUGUGUAUCAGAAGCAAAGAUACGUCUCCAGCACUGUGAAGAACCCCUGCAAAGGAACAUGCAGCCACAUAUGCCUUCUGAGGCCUGGCGGAUACUCCUGUGCCUGUCCUGAGGGUACCAACUUCAUCCAAGGGAGCACCACUGUGUGUGAUGCUGGUUUCGUACCCCCACCUGUGAUGCCUCCUCCCUGUCUGUGUCGGAAUGGUGGUACCUGCUACAUUGACGAUGGACUGGCGAAGUGCAAAUGUACACCAUCUUGGAGUGGUGAUGUGUGUCAAACAAAUAACAGCUUUAACAAACAACAGUCAGUUGCCAUAGCGGUGGGAGUAACGGUAGCAGUAGUGAUUCUAGUGGGAUGUGUUCUUUUUGUGGCUGACUACAAAGCAAGAGGCAGGAAGCUCCCCAGAUAUACCUUCCCCAGUUUGCCAAGUUUAAGGAAACAGCAAUCAGAAAGUGACGAUACCAAUAACAUCACCUUCUCCUCAAGUGAAGACGCUGCAAUUUGCAACGUGAACCCUAGUUUGGUAAAUGGGUUAAAUAAUACAAAUGGUUCAGAAGCUGUAACAGAAGUAAAAAUCAAACCUAUUCAGCAUGACACUGCAGCAUUUGGAGAUGAAGUGAAAGAAAGGAGUUUUCAGAAUCCAACGUACUCUGCUGAAUCAGAGAGUGCACAUGGCAAAACCACUGCCACAGACAGAACUGUUAAGAAGCAAAGAGGAUUAUUUAAGGACCAUUCUCCAGAUGACACUUUUGACAAUCCAGUUUAUCAGGAAACACCAGAUGACAAAUACCGUGAUGAAUCCAACAUCUAAUGCAUUGAAAUAUAACAGUUUGUACUGCCACAAAUGCACACUGAAGUAUGCAUUUUCAACCUAUCAUGUUGAAAAUAGUACCCUGAUGACAAACUCAUUAUACAAAAAAAUAAUACACUCAUAGUCAAAGCUUUGUGAGGUAAAAGUAUGUUUCAGACUUGUGUACCAUAAUCUUUUGUUGUU